GUACACUGUGUGUAUGCAUGUGUGUGGAGAGUCCCAAUGCACAUUCUGGAGAUAUCUUCCCGUGUUUUGUCGCACAGUUUAGGUGCCAAACAGCGCACAAUUGAACAACAAAGCGAACAAGAAGCUGCUGUUCGGGCUCUUUGUGAUAAGCUGGAUCGCGCUGUGAACUUGGGGCCGCUGCAAGUCAAUCGUUCUCCUUCUUGAUAUUGAUAAGAGCCUAGCUGCCUGCCUGCCUGCCUGCCUGCUGAGUUUCGCUCGUUCCACGCUGGUAGGAGGUAGGAGCAAUCAGUUGAGUAGAGUACUCCGACAGCAAUUAGCCACUUGCCGUGUGUGUAUCCAAUCAACCUUCUGUUCCCGCUUGCGCAAGUAGGUUUUUGGGCAAACAAUGUUAUCUGGAGUGCCCCAACGUACACAGCACGCACAAAUCUAUAAAUUCAUGAAUUCGUACCACAGCCCAGGACUCACUCAUCGCCCCCAACUCAGAAUGUACAGAGCGUCGAUCGGUUUUUUGGGGACUUUUCUCCUGCUGCAGCUGCUGCACUGCGGAAUGGGACUCGACAAUGGACUGGCACUCACGCCACCCAUGGGCUGGAUGUCCUGGGAGCGUUUUCGCUGCCUAACCGAUUGUGAACUGUAUCCCAACGAGUGCAUAAGUGAGCAACUGUUCCGACGGCACGCAGAUUUACUGGUGAACGAGGGCUACGCGGAUGCUGGCUACGAGUACAUCAUCAUCGAUGAUUGCUGGCUGGAGAAGGACCGCGACAACAAGACCCAGAAACUGGUUGCAGACAAGAAGCGAUUCCCCAACGGACUGAAUCCUCUUGCCGAUCAUAUUCACAACAUUGGACUGAAGUUCGGUUUGUACCAAGACUAUGGCACGAACACCUGUGCUGGUUUUCCCGGUGUCAUAAAGCAUAUGCAGCUGGAUGCCCAGACCUUUGCCGAGUGGGACGUGGACUACGUCAAGCUGGAUGGUUGCUACGCCAACAUCAGCGACAUGGCCGUGGGCUAUCCUGAGUUCGGACGUCUGCUCAACGCCACUGGCCGACCCAUGGUCUAUUCCUGCAGCUGGCCCGCCUACCAGGAGGAUGCUGGCGAAAUGCCCGACUAUACGUCCCUGAAGCAGCACUGCAACCUGUGGCGCAACUGGGACGACAUCGACGAUUCGCUCGAGUCCGUGGCCCAGAUCAUGGACUACUUUGGCAAGAACCAGGAUAGAAUCCAACCCCAUGCCGGGCCCGGCCACUGGAACGAUCCCGAUAUGCUGCUGCUGGGCAACUACGGGCUGAGCUACGAUCAAAGUAAGCUGCAAAUGGCCAUUUGGUCCAUUAUGGCAGCGCCGCUGAUCAUGUCCAACGAUUUGGCAGCAGUGCGUCCGGAAAUCAAGGAUAUUCUGCAGAAUCGUAAAGUGAUUGCUGUGGACCAAGAUGUGCUGGGUAUCCAGGGCCGUCGUGUACUGUCGAAAAAUCAGAUCGAAGUAUGGAGCAGACCCAUCACGCCUGUGGUCAGCAAUAACCAGCACUCCUAUGCCGUGGCCUUUGCCAGCCGCCGCUCUGACGGUGCUCCCUAUAGAAUCGUAUUCACCCUCAAGGAGCUAGGACUGCACAAUGCAGCAGGUUAUAAUGUAGAGGACCUGUACGAGGACAAAUCGAAAUUGGGCAUCUUCCGCCCAGCCAACCAGUUUAUCACGCGCGUUAAUCCAAAUGGUGUAACUUUCUACAAGUUCACUGUGCUUUGAACGCAUUUGCCCGUUGCUGUCGUCUGAUAUGCAAAUCAUCCAAUUGCUGAGCCUUAUCUGCCAUCGAAUAUGCUCCUAUAGCCAUGUCUUACAAAUACUUAUUAUCUUUGCGGCGAAAGAAGAGAAGCAAAUGAAGUUUGAUAAUAAAUAGUCCCCCAUG